ACUUGAGAAAAAAAAAACAGAACCCUUUUUGUAAUAGCGAGAAAAUGAAGAAAUCAACGAUGAAUUUGUGAUUUGAACCACAAAUUCUUGUUUUGAUUUGAAUUGAAAUCACAACACUCUUCACACUUCAUCAGUCACACUCUGUUCUCACCGUUCCACAACAAUGAUGUCCCCAAAUCAUUUGUCAGAUGAUCGAGCCUCGCCUCCUCAUCAUCAUUUCAGACACACACCCUUGCAGAUAAUUCAUGUUGUUGCAAAUUUCUUGAGGAUAUGGUCAAUAUACUCCAUGUUCCGAUACUUAUCACAGACCGGAGCUUCAGUUGUUCUGUUUCUUUUUGCCUGUCUGGCUCCUGCAGCUAUCCUUUUUUUGAUUUUGCAAAAGCCUUGGAAGGGAAGGCCACUUUCUAAUACACAGGUUGUGCCUUCGAUAAUAAAUGGUUUUAUAACAGCACUGUAUCUGGUCUUAUGGGGCAAGGGACUGAAAUCAUGUGGCCCUGUUAGAGCGAUAUUGGGUGAGUAUUCUGGCGCUGUUCUUGGAGUACUUUCUGGAGUGUUGUAUGGGAGGAGAAGCAAUUUGUGGAAAAAGAUAGGUGGCCUAGUUGCCAUGUGUGCAUCAUUUUACCUGCUAUCUGAAGGAUGGGCUACAGCAACAUAUUCUCCGUUCUCUUGGGAAGAUAGAGAGGAAUCUGAGGCUCAGAAAGAACACGUUUUGGGUUUGAAGCAUAUGUUAAUUCCUAUUAUUGCUGGUAUCCUAUCAGCACUUAGGAGAGUGAUCGCAAGGCGCGUUUCAAUCAAGAAUCAACUUAAAAGGCGGCUCCAUGCUUUAACUAUUGCUUCUGCGACGUGUUUUAUGUUUCCAAUUGCCAUGUGGGACGUAAUCAUAGGAUCACCUUCCGAAAGCAAUGGGAAACUUCCAUUCUCGGCCUGGGCCUUCUUCAGCACAAUUCUCUUUGGAAAUAUUGUGAUAUUCUAUGCUGACAGUAUUGCAGAGGAGAGAUUGCACAUGGUCUUCUCCUCACCGAGGCAUUUGAUGGCGGCUAGUGCAUGCAUCAUUGUCAUGGAGUUUGUGUACAAGAUGGAUUUUUCUCUUACAGGCUUCGUGGUUUGCAGCUUAAUAUUGGGUUUUGGGAUAUAUGAAGCAACUUCAUUGGAGCGAAAUAAAAAAGAUUCUACCCGAAAAUCAGAUUUAUUGAAUGGAGAAUUCGAUAAUCCAAUGGAGAUGUCAUCGCUACCUACUUGAAGUACUUGCUGUUUGGAAGCAUCGAAUGGAUUCUAUCGACACAUAUGUCCCUUUGUUAUAUCAUGAGUAACACUUGAUCUCUGGAAAAUUCAUUUUGUGCACUACUAGUUGCAACAAUGCCGUUAUCCGCGACUUCCGGGGACUUACAGUGGCAAAAAACUUAUCGGCUCAAACUCUUGCUCUGAUUAAUCCGAUUUUUAGGGAGGUUGAACUGCACUUUUAGCUUACAAAGUUCAUCGUUUUUGUCUUGUACAGGAUCAUUAAUUAAUCUAGGAAUUCCUUGUGUAGUUUAGAAGAAAUUAUCAGUUUAAAAAAGAUAACACCAUUAUUCAUCAUGAUAAGCUGACUAUACAUUUUUAUGAAAAUAUUGAAUGCCAAACAGUUGGUUAUUCUUUGUA